GAAAAUGUAAACAAACUGUGCCGUACAAACCGCUGAUUUAGUUUUGCGCUAUAUUAUAAAAAAUAAAAAAGAAAGGAAAGAUCGUUCCUAAACGCUGCAGAAUCAAUGGAGGUUGUUGAAUCCAUAUAAAUGGUAAAAUGAAAUUCAAAGCGCUGUUCAUGCUCAAAUAGUUGGAUUCUCAAUCGAUCAAAUUCCGUAAGAGACUCGACGAAUUUCCAGGGGAAGGAAAAGAAAAAACUUACAGGACUUGGAUUCUUUGGUUUUAUGGAAAUGGAUCGCGAUUUGACUGUUCGAUUAUCUGCUCUGUGGAACGUCAUUUGUCUAAAGAAAAGCUUUAAAGAGGACAGAAUUCCUUGCCAAAUUGAAGAGGGUUUGUUCUUAGGGUCCGUUGGAGCUGCCCAUAACAAAGAUCAACUGAAGAAAUUGAAUAUCACUCACAUUUUAACCAUUGCUUGUUCAUUGCCACCUGCUGAUCCAAACGAUUUUGUAUGUAAAGUAGUAGGUGUCUUGGACACUAGAGAGGCAGAUAUUAAACAGCACUUUGACGAUUGUUUCAACUUUAUCGAUGAGGGAAGACAAUCUGGUGGAGUCUUGGUUCAUUGCUUUGCUGGAAUAUCCCGAAGUGUAACAAUUACAGUUGCUUACCUGAUGAAAAAGCUAGGCAUGAACCUAACACAAGCAUUGGAACACGUCAAGAGUAGACGACCACAAGCAGCUCCAAACAUUGGUUUCAUGGUUCAACUCAAGGACUUUGAAACAGCUCUUCAAGCUAGCAGAGUUGAUGAAAUGCAACUGUCAAAUGUUUAAGCUCUCAGAGCUGCAGAAUUACCCUCUCCAAUCAGACAACAGUUGAAAACACGGGCCGAGACUAGGCCCAUAAUCAAAUGGUAUGUCUGGUCACAAUCCCCAUAGCAAUCCACUGGUGAGCCCAAAUCCACUUUUGCCGGCCCAUUACCAGACAUAGAGGUAAUAAUCUUUUAACUUUUAGACAGAGAGCACACACACACACACACAUGACAUUCCUCCUUGCAAUUAGAAUAUUUUCAUUUUGCAAGAACUUCCUUCAAAAUAAUUCACUUCUGCUUUCAAGUCCUUAUCAUGUUUCCAAUAAUUGAUUGGAUAAGAUUGCUAACUAUUAAAAGUUCAUUUUCCAACAGCAGCCAAGAAUUCAAAACAAUUAUUAAAAUAGCCCAUACUAUAUCUAGUUUGAGUAAAUUAAUUAACUCGUCAUAAUAAAAAUGAAUUUACUUGUCAUAAUUUUAAUCUCUUUAUCAAAAGUUUGACUCUAUUCUUGGUUAGAUAGUGAAAUUAAUAUCCUAAAUUUAUAGAA